GCUCGAUGAGUCGAUUUGUUUUGCCUUGUUGCCUAUCCAAAAAAGAAAAAAAGCAUGUCGGGGUUGUCACCGUCGCUUCGGGUUUUCCGAGGUCUUUUAAAGGAAUUACGUGAAAUCCAUGGGACCACCUACAAGAAUACGUUGGCUUAUAAUUAUGUUAUUGACCAGUUUCGAAAAAAUGGGGUGACGGGGGAGAGGCAGUGCCGGGCGCGGCAGGAGGCGCUCCACAUGUCCCAGGCGUACCUGUGUCUGCUGAGGUCCACUCGCGAACACCUGGCCCUCCACAAGCUCUACCACGGCAAGGGGGACCGCGGGCUGGCCGAGAUGGCCAGCCUGGUGGGGCUUCGGCUGCCCAGCCAGCCCGGAGGCAAGGGCUGGGAGGAGUAGCACCUCCCCCUCUGGGCGUCUUCCAGAAACCUUGUGGAACCCUCAAGAACCUUGUAGAACCCAGACACCAAGCCAGAAGCGGGAACAUACCGGUCGGGGCCAGAGUGGACGAGCUCCAGUCUUUAGACCACGUUCGUCAUUGUUGUUGUCUUCCUCCUCAUCAUUUAGUUCCAGUGGAUUGUAAAUACGAGUUACGCGUCACGUGUUCAAAUAAAGUACAUUUAAACAGAA